AUGUUAGCUCAGUCGCAUUUUUUCUCAAAGUCCUUCGAUCUGAUUCCGCCACCGUCUCCGGUGUUGCGGUCUCCGACUUGCUCUCUUCAUCUAUCUCCUUCUCCUUCUAGAAGCAGUCGAUUCUCUUUUCUAUCUUCUUCUACUGGAGUUGUUCCAAUUUCUCGCUGCUGGAUCUCCCCGAUAAUGGCUUCAAACCCGAAACGGCAAGCGCUAAACGAAGAAUUUCCGACGGAAAUGAGUGUCACUGAGCUGGAUCGAUUCGCCGAUGUGGGGAAUGCAUUGGCUGACGCUUCCGGGGAGGUUAUUAGAAAGUAUUUCCGGAAGAAAUUCGAUAUCGUCGAUAAAGAUGAUAUGAGUCCUGUUACAGUCGCUGAUCAAAUGGCUGAAGAGGCAAUGGUGUCCAUUAUAUUCCAGAAUUUCCCUAAUCAUGCUAUAUAUGGUGAAGAGAAGGGUUGGAGAUGCAAAGAGGAAUCUGCAGACUAUGUUUGGGUUUUGGACCCAAUUGACGGAACAAAGAGCUUUAUUACAGGGAAACCUGUGUUUGGUACGUUGAUAACUCUGCUCUACAAAGGUAAACCGAUCCUAGGUCUAAUUGAUCAGCCUAUUCUAAAAGAGAGAUGGAUAGGAAUGAGUGGAAGAAAUACUAAAUUAAAUGGGGAGGAGAUCUCAACGCGAUCUUGUCUAAAACUAUCACAAGCAUAUUUAUACACCACUAGCCCACAUCUUUUCAGUGAAGAGGCAGGAAAGGCAUUUGCUCGAGUUAGAGAUAAGGUGAAGAUGCCAUUGUAUGGCUGUGAUUGUUAUGCUUACGCUCUCUUGGCUUCCGGAUUUGUGGAUCUUGUUAUUGAAUCUGGUCUAAAGCCAUAUGAUUUCCUUGCUCUGGUGCCCGUGAUAGAAGGCGCUGGAGGUACCAUAACCGAUUGGAAUGGUAAUUCACUUCUGUGGAAAGCUUCAUCCAGUGCAGUUGCUAGAAGCUUUAAUGUAGUGGCCGCAGGAGAUCCAGACAUUCAUCACCAAGCUUUGGAGUCACUUGAGUGGCAAUGA